AUGAGUACCAUCGAGCAGUGCCCUGCCGAGGCAAAUGACACAAUCGUCUCGUUUCUCAACUUGCGCGAUAUUUGCAAUCUCCGCCUCACGAGCCGCGGCCUGGCACUCAGGGUCUCCGCAGCCCCGUCUCUCGGAGCCCACCUGGAGCAAAGACAGGUCGAUGUUACAGAGCGCAGCCUCCGGGCCGUAGCCGAGGCAACAGCAAAGCCCGGCCGACUAGGUUGCUUCAUUGACGACUUGGUACUGGUCGGCGUGGUGAACAACACCAAAUUCCUUACGUAA